AUGAUGGAGGUGAGCCCGUCCUGGAGCAGCCAGAUGAAUGGAGGUUUUCUGAGUUCCGUCCUGUUCUCUUCCCCUUCGAAGAAGAUGCAGGGAUCAGCAACACUUGCUCCGUCACUGAGGACUCCGAGGAGCUCGACUUUUUCCUCGGGUUUUUUUGAUAAUGCUCUCAUCGACGACAUUGUGCAACAGUCAAAUGCAUAUCAUGAAUAUCUGAUGAACAAGGAUGUCUACCCACCAAGUUCCCGAAUGCAUCAGGGGAAACCAAUAGAUAUAAAUGAAAUGCGAAUAUUCCUCUGUUUGUGCAUGGCCAUGGCUCAUGUAAAAAAACAUAGGAUAAAUGACUAUUGGUCUACAGACUUUCUCAUAUCAACACCAAUAUUUGGAACAAUAAUGAGUAGGGAUAGAUUUUUACUAAUUCUGCGUCAUCUUCAUUUCAGUGACAAUCAAAAUGAUGCGAAUCACAGAUUAUCAAAGAUAGGAAGGGUAAUGAUUGACAUCAGGCACAAGUUUUCAACGAAAUUUAAGCCCUUCCAAGAUUUGUGCAUUGAUGAAAGUCUGGUGCUGUGGAGAGGUAGACUUGUGUUCCGUCAGUAUAUGCCUAAUAAGCGCCACAGAUUCGGCCUAAAAUUAUUUUUAAUUUGUGAUGUUGAGACAGGUAUCAUCUUGGAUUUUAUAUUAUACACUGGAGCACAAACUGAGGUUCAGGUUGACUCAAAAUUUGGUUUUGCUGGUUCGAUAGUCAACGCUUUGAUAGAACCAUACCUGGGGAAAGGACAUAAUCUUUUCACAGAUAGUUAUUACGCCAGUCCAAUUCUGUUUGAACACCUGCAGCAAAACAGUACAGGAGCUUGUGGCACAGUUCGACCAAACAGAAAAGGGGUGCCUUCGUUCCCUGCAGUCAACCGGGGGGAAGUUAGUGCUUGCCACAAGAACAACAUGAUGUGCUUCAAGUGGUCUGCCAAACGAAUGGUCCAUAUGUUAACAUCAAUUCACAAAAACGAGAUUAUUCAAACUGAGAAAAGAGAUUACUCUACCGGUGAGCCAAUAAGGAAGCCAGAAGCUGUGGUUGACUAUACCCGAAAAAUGCGUAUCAUUGACAAAGCUGAUAUGCUUUUGAGUUGUGUAGACAGCCUCAGAAAAUCAAUCAAAUGGUAUAAAAUACUCUUUUUUCACAUUGUGGACAUGGCAAGACUAAACUCAUAUUACAUGUAUUUAGUCAAAACAGGUAAUAGGCCCUCCUUUCUUGAAUUUAAUCACACCAUGUUGCAUCAGAUGCUUGUCAGAUAUCGAGAGCAACAAGUGCGAACACCUCAUUAA